AGUUUUCCUCUACAAAAACCCCGAGCUGAUUAUCCGCGCCACCGCCAUAUGCAAUUUCCGCGCCGCCGCUCAUCGCCGCCAUGGACGGCGGAGGGGAGUCGUCGGAGAGACUGAUGAGAACUCUGCUAGAUCGAUUCGAGAGCCUGGAGGCGAGCCACGAGAAGCUAAAGGAGCAGUUCGAAGUGGUCGUGCACGAGAAGGAGGAGGAGGAGGCGCGGUAUCCUGGAUGGGGAGACAUGCCGGGGGCGUGCUUUGCCGAGAGCCCCUACAGGAGGGUGUUGGAGUACAUGGGUCAUGCGCUCCACGUCACCAGAAUUGGCUCCGGCGAGAUCAUUUAUUGGAAUCGUGCAGCUGAAAAGCUCUUUGGGUAUAAAGACUAUGAAGUAUUAGGACAGGGAGAUGUUGAACUACUUUUUGAUGAAGAGCAUCAUAAUCUAGUUCUGGGAAUCAUGGAGAGGGUGAGAUUUGGAGAAUCUUGGUCAGGGCAACUCCCUCUCCGGAAGCGAUCUGGUCAAAGUUUCAUCGCACUGGUUACACAGAGCCCGCUGUAUGAGGAUGGUGAGCUCACCGGAAUAGUUACUGUAUCAAGUGAUGCUGCUGUGUUUAAUAAAGCAAACUCGGGGAAUAUGAGAGCGAGUCAAGAGAAUGCUAAUGAACAAUCUAAAUUUCGUAGAAUAAAUUUGAAGAACAUCCAGUGCCAGCAGCGGCAACAAAUUGCAGGAGUGUCCAACCUUGCGUCUUCUGUUUCGAAUUUGGCCUCGAAAGUUUUAUCUCGGACACGAGGGAAUGUCUCCUCAACCUAUGAGACAUGUGGAAGUGCAAAAGACAACGAGGAUGCUGAAGCAGAUAGACCACCAAGAGCCCCUAUUGCUAAGGGCACUUUUGGGUUGCCCAUUGGGAGGAGUAGAACUGAAGGAUCAUGCUUGGAAAAGGAAGAAACAGCAUCUGAAUUUUCUCAGCCUUCAAAACUUGCAGUAAAAAUCUUAGGGAAGUUGCAUAUAGGAGCAAGCAGCAGCUCAGAGAAAGUCGUGGCCGAGAGAAUACAACAAAAUGGUUUUGAGUAUCCUUCUAGUAGGAAAGAAGCAGCAAAUGGGACAUGUUCUCCAAAUUCGAAGUCACUGAAUUUGGAAGAUCCAUCUAAUGGGCAGUCAGAUUCUCAAAAAAAUCUAGGUCCAGCAGAGAGUUGUGGCAGUGAAUGUGGAUGCUCAUCGAGCAAAUGUGAAAAUGAUCCGCCUCUGGUAGUCCGUUCUGCGAUAGAAUGGGAGGAUCUACAGCUCAAAGAGGAAAUUGGACAAGGUUCGUUUGCAGUUGUGUAUCGUGGAAUCUGGAAUGGAUCGGAUGUUGCAGUUAAGGUUUACACCGGUACUCAGUAUGACGAGGAGACAUUGGUUGACUACAAAAAAGAGAUUGAUAUUAUGCGAAGGUUGAGGCAUCCAAAUGUAUUGCUGUUCAUGGGAGCAUCGUGCACGAAGGAACGAAUUGCCAUUGUCACUGAAUACAUGAACAGGGGGAGUCUCUUUAAAGCAUUGCAUAGGGGCAACCAACCGCUUGACACCAGACGUCGUCUGAGGAUAGCUCUUGACGUGUCUAGAGGGAUGAACUAUUUGCAUCACAGAAAUCCACCGAUAGUGCAUAGAGACCUGAAAUCUUCAAACCUUCUAGUUGACAAAAGCUGGAACGUCAAGGUUGGCGACUUCGGCUUAUCAAAGCUCAAAUAUUCAACUUUCUUAACAGCGAAAUCCGGAAGAGGCACACCUCAGUGGAUGGCCCCCGAAGUCCUCCGGAAUGAACCUUCAACAGAAAAGUCGGAUGUCUUCAGCUUUGGCGUCAUCCUGUGGGAACUAAUGACUGAACUCAUUCCAUGGAGCAACCUGAAUGCCGUGCAGGUUGUUGGAGCUGUCGGCUUCGCGAAUAGCAGACUAGAUAUUCCACACAACGUUGAUCCCCAAAUCGCUUCCAUCAUAUCGGAAUGUUGGGCAAGCAACCCUGAAGACCGGCCAUCGUUCAAAGACAUGAUCCCGAAACUGGAGAAGUUGUUGGUUCAAGCAAGUGGUGGGGGCGUGACAAGAGCAGCUUCCCAGCCUUAAACUUUUCGUCCCCUGCUGAGCGGAGCAGCACCUCUGUCCUUGCCCUUAACAGGAAUCUGAAUGUGUUGUUUCAUCAGUAAGUUUUGCGUUAACAUGCUGCAUCCCCCUUUUAGUUAUAGAGAAAAAUAUGCUAAUCCAAAGUGUACAUUACUAUGAUCAUAUAAACGAUCAUCAUAACUAACAUAUUUAAAUAUC